CAAGACCCCAACUAUCCUCUCCCACUCUACCGCCUUCUCAUAAACCCUAAUUUCCUGAAACCCUCUCUGUUUUUUCACAAACCAAAAAUGGGAAGCGACAGCGAGACAGAGAAAUCAGGCCACAAGGACAGGAAGAAGGCCUUCAUUUUAUCCCCCAUUGCUAAACCCCUCGCCGGUAAAAAGCUCUCCAAACGCGCCCUUAAACUCGUUCGCCGAGCUGCGGAAAAGAAAUGCUUGAAGAGAGGCGUUAAGGAGGUGGUUAAGAGUAUUCGCAAGGGUAACAAAGGAUUAUGUAUUAUAGCAGGGAACAUAUCACCAAUUGAUGUUAUCACUCAUGUUCCAGUAUUAUGCGAAGAAGCAGAUAUACCCUACAUAUAUGUCAACUCAAAAGAAGAGCUCGCAAAUGCUGGAUCCACAAAGAGGCCAACAUGUUGUGUUCUGGUUUUAACAAAGCCUACAAAGGGGGAGCUGGCACAAGAUGAACAAGAGAAGUUGAAGUCGGAUUAUGAUCAAGUUGUAACAGAUGUGUCUGAACUAGCUAGCACCUUGUUUUAAGUAUGUGUAUGAAAUUCGUACUUUAUCUGUCAUUGAUGUACUUCAUUUCAGCUGAUAUUACAUUAUAUGAUAUGGCUGUUUCUAGCCCCGCACCA